AUGCUUGCCUUGAUCACCAUCUUCCUCUACAUGGUCGCCGAGCUCUCAGCGCUCCAACAGAUCAUCAACUCGCUGACGGGCCUCGACGGACUCCCGCCCGUCAUCGUGCAAUGCGCCGUGACGACCAUCUACACGUCCCUGGGUGGCUUCAAAGUCAGCUUCAUCACCGACAACAUCCAAGGCGCCAUGGUGGUCGGGCUGAUCAUCAUCGGCUGCAUCACCGUCGGGGUCAAAACCGAGAUCCAACACGACCUCAUCGAGAAAAGCGGCUAUCUCAACGCCAGCCUCCUCGGCUGGCAGCUGAUGUACAUCCUGCCGGUGGCGAUCCUGACCAACGACUUCUUCCUCUCGGGCUUCUGGAUGCGCACCUUCGCCGCAAAGACCGACAAGGACCUGUGGGUGGGCGUCAGUCUGGCGACCGGCGCCGUCGCCGUGAUCCUCACGCUCGUGGGCGUUUCGGGCCUGCUGGCCGGCUGGUCUGGCGCGCUCGGCGACCCGCCGGAGCAGUCGUCGAUUGCGCUGUUCCUGCUGCUGGAGCAACUGCCCGCGUGGGUCGUGGGCAUCGUGCUCGUCAUGGUCGUGUGCCUGUCCACCGCGGCCUUCGACUCGUUCCAGUCCGCCAUGGUCUCGACCGGGUCCAACGACAUCUUCCGCAACAAGCUGAACUUCUGGUUCAUCCGCGCCGCCGUCGUGCUCCUGAUCUUCCCCGUCGUCGUCGUCGCUUUGAAAUCUCCCUCCGUCCUGCAGAUCUACCUCAUCAGCGACCUCAUCUCCGCGAGCUCGAUCCCCGUGCUCGUCAUCGGCCUCAACGACCGCGCCUACGCCUGGCGCGGCUUCGAAGUCGUCGUCGGUGGCCUGGGCGGCUUGUUCACCGUCUUCCUUUUCGGCCUGGUCUACUACGACGGCGACGCCUCCUCCGCGGGCAGUCUGCUGCUGCUCGAGCAGGGUCUCUAUGGCAACGACUGGAGUGCUUUCGGCGCAUUUGUUGCUGCGCCCGUUGGCGGCUUGCUCUGGGCUGCAGCUGCUUUCGCCGGCAGGGUUGGCGUGCAGUGGCUUCUUGCUCGUGUGAGAGGUACCGCGUUCACGGCGCUUGACAAGCCGGCUCGCGGUCCUUCGCCAAGCUUCUACACUGGUCGUCCGUCUCAGGAGGACGUCGCAGAGCGAGACGUCUACACUGAUGCCGACGGUGUUGAGCGCAGUGAGGUCCAACUCAAGGGCAAGUUCUUUUAG